GGGUAAUUCAGUCGCCAUCCUAGGACAAGAAAAUUUGCGCUCCGGAGUUGGCAGCUGUAGAUAGACAUGGCUGCGCUCUCGGAGCGGUGCUGCAGCGGCGGCGGAGGGUUUGCUGUGUGUCCGCGGACGAUGAAGCCUUGGUGGCAGCUCGCGGUGCUCCUGUUUUCCGUGUCCUCCCUGCCGACUGUCAGAGCGUUGGUGGAGGGCCUGUAUUGCGGCACUGAGGUCUGCUACGAUGUGCUUGGCGUUACCCGGGAGGCCACCAAGGCGGAGAUCGCCCGGGCUUACCGGCAGCUGGCACGCCGGUACCACCCGGACAGGUUUAGGCCGGGAGAGCCCGGCUUAGAGGGAGAGACCCACGAUUCUGCCCAGAAGAAGUUCCUGCUCAUUGCGACCGCGUAUGAGACGUUAAAGGAUGAGGACAGUCGGCGGGACUACGACUACAUGCUGGACCAUCCUGAAGAGUACUAUCAGCACUAUUAUGCAUACUACCGCAGACAGCUCACUCCUAAAGUGGACGUCAGGAUUGUCAUUCUGGUCACCAUCUGUGCAAUAUCCAUCUUCCAGUACUACAGUUGGCACAGCAGCUACAAUGAGGCUAUUAACUACCUGGUGACAGUCCCCAAGUACCGAAUCCAAGCCACGGAAAUCGCCAAGCAGCAGGGCCUCCUUAACCGCACCAAGGAGAAGGGCAAGAACCGCCGCUCCAAAGAGGAGAUCCGGGAGCAGGAGGAGGAGGUGAUCCGCGACAUUAUCAAAAAUAAGAUCGACAUCAAAGGAGGCUACCAGAAGCCCAACCUGUCUGACAUCCUGCUGUGUCAGAUUGUGCUCUUCCCCUACUAUCUGACCAACUAUGUGACCUGGUAUGUCUCCUGGGUUUACCGUUUCACCAUCUGCAGGGAGGAGUAUGGAGAGGAGGAGAAGCUCUACAUGAUCAGGAGGUACAUGAAGAUGUCUCAGUCCCAGUUUGACAGUCUGGAUGAAAACACCAGACAGACCUUCUUGGAGAAACAACUCUGGAUCAAAGAAAAUUAUGAGUUGUACAGAAAGGAGCAAGAGGAGGAGAUGAAGGUAAAGAUGGCGACCGACCCGAGGAUGAAGAGGUACCGCCGCUGGAUGAGGAAUGAGGGACCUGGCCGGCUGACAUUCAUUGAUGACUGACAGCCCCAAGCUCACAUACCUGCUACAUACCUGCCUCAGUGCCAACAUACACGGACAACACACGCCAUGCUGUGUGGAGAAGUACCUGAACAGAAAGAUCAACUAUGCCUGUUUAUAGUUUGAGAGAUAUUUUCAUAGGGAUAAGGCCUCAGGAAGUGGCUGACAAAGUGGAAUAAACUGUGAGCUUCAGAUUUUUGGGUAAUUUUUUACUUUUUUUUUUUUUCAACCACAAUCAUUUCAUUUUAAAGAAGAUUAAUGGAAAAUCUCUGUUGGUUAACCGACAUCCAAGUGCAAGGUGAUUGACAUGUCACUUAGUAACCCCUGACUUCUGCAACAGCCAACAGUACUAUCUAAGUGUCCUUGGGCAAGGCAUCAGACCGCCACAUGCUCUCUCUGUAUGCUGCUUCAGAGCAUCAGCUUAAAAUGUAUUAGCAUUUAUUGCUUUUAUGAUGAAUAAACUAGAGCCAGAGAGUAUUUUGAAGAGCAGCAAUAUUUUGUUAAAUCCUCAGUUUUUCCCCCCAGGGUCAGAUGAAAGACUGAAAACAGAGGGAUCUGGUAGCCUGGAGCAGUUACAUGUUAAAAGAUAAAUUCUAUAUCUGUGCACCAGUUAAGUUUCAGUUUACAUCCAUGUCUGUCCAGAAAUAUUUUUAAUGAGUGACGGAGAGUUUCAUCACAUGGUGCAACAACUAUCAGCCGAAGUUCAUUAUCAUCAAAACCAAUGAGCUUGUGUAUGUCGGCUAUAGUGCUUCAGAUAUGGAUGCUGAUGCAAAGAAACUAUAGAUUCUACAUUUCAAGUUUCUAGAUUCUGAGGUCACAGUGACCAGUGGCCACCAAAACCUAAUCGGUUCCACUUUUUGUGCCAAAUUUGAAGAAAUUUUCUCAAUACUUCCUGAGAUACCAACUUCACAAGAACAGGACAAGCAGACAACCUAAAAAUAUAUUGCCUCUGGCACAAUGGCAUAAAAAAUGGUAUCAUCUUGUUUUGUGUAGAAAUGUAAAAAAGGAGAAAUUUGGUUAUGAUGACAUUUGCUUGACAUGCUUUCUAUCUAAAAAGAUAAUACAAGGGAAGUGGUGAAAGGAUGAAACUGAUAUCAUCUGAUCUGACUCGAAGGAAAACAGCAAACAGUGGGUUAAGUUGUUCAGACAUGAAGAUUACAAUGUGAAUUUCCCCUGUGCGGGACUAAUAAAGGCCUAUCUUAUAAAAUGGUUGGACAUGGGUUGGUUCAGACUGAUGAUUUCCUCCAGGGAUUUCCAGUCUUCUGAUCUGUGUUGUUGAAGCUUUUCUAUCAAAAAAAAAAAGCAGAAGCAACAAGAGAUGAAGACAUUUCAAAUGGUUGUGUAAAUGAGUCUUAUUGUGUAAAUGGAAGCCAAAGCUGUAUGUAUCUGAAAAUUGUGCAACGGCAGAUGUUCCUCACACAGGGAGUUUGUUAUUGGGGUGUCCAUUCUGUCUCUUAAGAAGUUCAGGUGGCUGCUUACUCUUUCCUGCAACUUGGUUUUACUUAAUAUUAUUUAUUGUUUCACAUUUCACUGGUCUGUUUGUUGUCAUUUUGGUCUUGAGGCAUCAUUAAAUGAAUAUUGUAACUACA